UUAAAGGGGGAGGGGCCUCGGCGGUGAAAACAAGCAGCGGACCAAUCAGAAAGCUCGGUGGGCUGUCCUUCAGCGGCCACUGAGGCCUUUAUAAACUUAACGUAGCUUCACUGAGCACUUGUUUUCUUCUUCUUCAUCUACAGUAACCUCAGAAAAUACAUCUUGGCAAUGUUGCCUGUAGUCUUGUUGGCCCUGGGCCUGAGCUCGGUCCUCUCGGCCCCGGCUCUGGACCCACAGCUGGAUCAGCACUGGGACCUGUGGAAGAGCUGGCACAGUAAGAGAUACCACGAGAAAGAGGAGGGCUGGAGGAGGAUGGUCUGGGAGAAGAACUUGAAGAAGAUUGAGCUGCACAACCUGGAGCACUCUUUGGGCAAACACACAUACCGCCUUGGCAUGAACCACUUUGGAGAUAUGACUCACGAGGAGUUCAGGCAGAUCAUGAACGGCUACAAGCUCAAAACCGAGAGGAAGGUGAAGGGGUCCUUGUUCAUGGAGCCCAACUUCCUGGAGGCCCCUCGCGCUCUGGACUGGAGGGAUAAGGGCUACGUCACCCCCGUUAAGGACCAGGGUCAGUGUGGUUCUUGCUGGGCUUUCAGCACCACCGGAGCCAUGGAGGGUCAACUCUUCAGGAAGAGCGGGAAGCUGGUGUCUCUGAGCGAGCAGAACCUGGUGGACUGCUCCAGACCGGAGGGCAACGAGGGCUGCAACGGCGGCCUGAUGGACCAGGCCUUCCAGUACAUCAAGGACAACCAGGGCCUGGACUCUGAGGAGUCCUACCCCUACCUGGGAACCGAUGACCAGCCGUGCCACUACGACCCCAAGUACAACUCCGCCAACGACACAGGGUUCGUGGACGUCCCCAGCGGUAAGGAGCGCGCUCUGAUGAAGGCCGUGGCCGCCGUGGGCCCCGUUUCCGUCGCCAUCGACGCCGGUCACGAGUCCUUCCAGUUUUACCAGUCAGGCAUCUACUAUGAGAAGGACUGCAGCAGCGAGGAGCUGGACCACGGCGUCCUGGUGGUGGGUUAUGGCUUUGAAGGAGAAGACGUAGACGGCAAGAAAUACUGGAUCGUCAAGAACAGCUGGAGCGAGAACUGGGGCGACAAAGGCUACAUCCUCAUGGCCAAAGACAGGAAGAACCACUGCGGCAUCGCGACGGCAGCCAGUUACCCUCUGGUGUGACGCGCUCGGCUCCAGCCUGUAGCUCCAUAGUGUUUUUAUUAAAAACGGUCCUGGUCUGGAGAGAAGGGACGAGGCCUCAAGUCAGAGCGACACACAAGCGACGGGAGGUUCUGACACGUUUCAGGAGGAGAAACACUGUUUUAUUUUUAAAUUUUUAGGGAAACGGCGCCGUUUUUGUUUAGGCAGGUUUUAUGCCACUUUAUUUCAUCUGGAAACAUUUUAAUGUAGUGUUUUAUUCUUUGUAAAUAUGUGUAUGCUGCUUGGUGAGUGAAACUUUAACACUUGCUUCGGUCAUUGUAAAUGUUUUUUUUUUUUUCUACUUUUACUGGUGAUCAAUACAAGUUGUGAAACACUAAAAA